AUGCCGCUUUCGUCGGACUGUAGAAGGGCCUUGACUAUCGCCAUCACCAUCACAUGCGGUACAGGCUUCCUCCUAUUCGGUUAUGACCAAGGAGUCUUUGGGGGUCUCCUAUCCAACAAUGCCUUCCUUGGCACCUUCGGCAACCCCAAUGCUACCAUUCAAGGUCAGAUUGUGUCAACCUACGACAUCGGAUGUAUCUUAGGGGCGAUUUCUUCAAUCUUCUUUGAUGACAAGCUUGGUCGAAGACGAAGUAUCGUCUUGGGAUGCUGCUUGGUUAUCAUCGGGGGCACAAUUCAGACCGCUUCUUAUCACUUGCCACAGAUGAUCAUCGGAAGAAUCGUGGCAGGCCUCGGAACCGGGAUGAACACAACUGCCAUCCCGAUGUGGCAGUCAGAGACCUCCCAAGCCAAACAACGGGGGAAACUCAUCAUCAUUCAACUUGUCCUCGUCCUGGGAGGUAUCGUCAUUACCAACUGGAUGAAUUUCGGGUUCACAUACACACCAGACACCCAAGUCAGCUGGCGCUUCCCUCUUGCUUUCCAGGACUUCUUCGCAAUCUUGACCAUCCUUUUCAUUUCCUUCCUCCCUGAAUCUCCACGAUGGCUCGUCAUGAAAGGCCGCAGAGACGAAGCAAGAGUCAUCAUUGCUCGUCUACUUGCAAAGCCACAAGAUGAUCAACAAGUAAUUGACGACCUCAGCGUCAUUUGUGAUUCGGUUGCUCGUGCUGAGGAGCACGGGAACUUUGGAUGGCGUGAGGUCUUCCGCAAUGGCAAGAAACAAACUUUGAGACGUAUCUUGCUUGGAGCUGGACCCUCAUUCAUGCAGCAAAUGGGAGGAACCAACGUCGUGGCUUAUUACCUACCAGUUGUACUGGUCCGCUCAUUCGGCUUCACUAAUCGACUUGCACUUAUUCUGUCGGCAUGCGACUCGAUCUCUCUCAUGUUCUGGGGUUCAAUGGCUACCUUCCUCAUUGAGAGGGUGGGUCGAAAGAACUUGAUGUUGAUGGGUGCCUUCACACAAUCGAUUUGUUUCUGCGUGGCGGGCAUGGGUCUGAGUUUCAAUACUAAUCGGGGGUCCAUAUUAGCCGUAACUUUCAUUUUCCUAUACUAUGUCUUCUACGGUCUCUCGUUCUUGUCUAUCCCGUUCAUGUAUCCGUCCGAGAUCAACUCACAACACAUGCGUAACACAGGCGCCGCAGUAGCUAUGGUUGUGAAUUGGCUCUUCGUAUACGUUGUGGUGUUGAUUACACCAGAUGGCAUUGCCAAUCUCGGUUGGAAAUUCUAUAUGAUGUUCGGCAUCAUCAAUUUCUCCUUCCUCCCCAUCAUCUGGUAUUUCUUCGUUGAAACCGCCGGCCUGUCUCUCGAGGAGAUUGAUCGGCUGUUCGAAAUCAAGCGGAAUUCGCGGCACUCAUGCACGCCCAAGACUCGGAGAGGGAUAUGGAGAAGGUUGGUGGAUAUACGGCGGCUGUCGAAGACGUCACUUCAGAAGGAUCAAAGUAGUGCCUUAUGA